CGCCAAACACGAAGCUGCCGAGACAGGCUACACCAACUCCUCUCUUUUCCACUCUUGAGGCCUCUGCUUGUGCACUGCUCGGCUUCCCCUCCGCUUCUCUCGAUCACGAGAGAAGAACCAGCACAAAAAUCCAGAUUUUGCCUUCUUCUCCAGCUCGGGUAGUUGGAUCCGGAGAUUGGAGUGGUUAUCUACAGUUACGGUUUUCGGAAUCAUCCGGACAAUGAAGGAGAAGCGCGUGUUGGAGUCCGACGGCGGCGAUUUCUUGCAUUCAGAGCCUAAAAGGAAGAGGGCUCCUGCUCUUGCUAGUGUGGUUAUUGAAGCUCUGAAGGUAAACAGUUUGCAAAAACUUUGUUCUUCAUUGGAACCAAUCCUUCGAAGAAUUGUUAGUGAGGAAGUUGAACGAGCAUUGGUGAAACUUGGACCUGCGAGAAUUGGGGGCAGGACUUCUCCGAAACUCAUCGAAGGGCCCAGUGGAAGAAAGUUGCAGUUGCAUUUUAGAUCGACAUUGUCCCUGCCGCUUUUUACUGGUGGUAAAGUAGAAGGCGAACAAGGUGCUUCGAUUCACGUUGUUUUGCUAGAUGCAAGCACUGGUCAUAUUGUGACGUUGGGGCCUGAGUCAUCUGCAAAACUAGAUGUUGUUGUACUCGAGGGUGAUUUCAACAAUGAAGAUGAUGAUGACUGGACCAAAGAAGAGUUUGAAAGUCAUAUAGUCAAGGAGCGCGAAGGAAAAAGGCCACUUUUGACUGGAGAUUUACAGAUAUCGCUGAAGGAAGGUUUAGGAACACUCGGAGAGCUUACAUUCACGGAUAACUCUAGCUGGAUAAGAAGCAGGAAGUUCAGACUUGGGCUAAAAAUCUCUUCAGGUUUUUUGGAGGGUAUACGUAUUCGCGAGGCUAAAACUGAAGCAUUCGCAGUCAAAGAUCAUAGAGGAGAAUUAUACAAGAAACAUUAUCCUCCUUCAUGGAAGGAUGAUGUUUGGAGAUUGGAAAAGAUCGGCAAGGAUGGGUCAUUCCACAAGAAGUUGAACAAUAGUCAGAUCUUCACCGUCGAAGAUUUUCUUCGGCUUUAUGUCAGGGAUCCACAAAAAUUACGAAGUAUCCUUGGAGGCGGCAUGUCAAAUAAAAUGUGGGAAAGCCUGAUUGAGCACGCCAAAACCUGUCUCCUAAGUGGAAACUUUUAUGUUUACUAUUCUGAUGACACGAGAGAUAUCGGUGCAAUCUUCAAUCAUAUUUACGAGUUUAGUGGCUUGGUUGCCGGAGGGCAGUUCUGUUCAGCUGAAUCUUUGACGGAUAGUCAAAAGGUGUUUGCAGAUGCUCUUGUUAAAAGAGCAUACGAGAAUUGGUCCUAUGUAGUAGAAUACGACGGCAAAGCUCUUAUAGGCUCCAAGGCAAUCAAGAAGACAAUGACCACUCGCAGUGCUUCAGCAUAUGACCAACAAACCUCACAACAACAUUUGUCAAUUUCAGAACCUAAAAUCCAAACUUCGGUAGACGCUGGAUUAGCUGCUAGAGGAGAAACAAGUUAUAAUCGAUAUGAUAAUAAUCACCAAAUGACAUGCCAGUUGGAUUAUGAAACUAGUUUAUCCCAGCAAAAUCCCUUCAGUGGUUCUGCAAUAGUUCAGGAUUCUCAAAAUGAUUCCAUCGGUCUCGCCUUGGCCCCGCCACAAUAUUCAAACAUGGGAUUUCAACUGGAUGACUGGUCGUACCAACGACAGAGUAACGGUGCCACUGCCGAUGACUUCCUCACAGAGGAAGAGAUCCGCAUAAGGAGCCACGAGAUUCUGGAACAUGAAGAUAUGCAAUUGCUCCUCCUACAUCUGAGCACGGCAGGAGCUUCCAGUAACCUUCCAGAUGAUGGAUAUGGGUAUCUGCCAUACACGCCUUCUCCGAUCCCGACCUUCAACUUCAAUGAGGAGCAAACCCGCUCCUCAGGGAAAGCAGUUGUCGGGUGGCUCAAGAUCAAGGCAGCAAUGAGGUGGGGCAUAUUUAUCAGGAAACAGGUCUCCGAGAGAAGGAAAGCUCAGCUCGUCGAGCUAGAUGAUUAACGAUCCUAUAACGAUUAUGUUCAUACGACUGUGAGCCUCUUCCUAAGAAGAUAGACUUUGCUAGGAAGCAGUAGUUGCCUUGCCCAUGGAGUGUAGGAAUCUAGCAAAUAUUUUAUUGUUAAGAAUUGAUCUUCAGAUCUUUUGAUGACAAUACCUCAUGUAAUGAUCAUUUGCUCAUCAUCAAUCAUUGUAAUUGCUAUUGUAAUUUACCCUAACAAUAAAGUUUUUAUUUUAA